AUGAAGCUCAAGAGUGUUACAUGUUUAAUUCUUUCUUUAAUUUUCCUACAUUUGGGUGUGGAAUGUGUUCUUGGGGAUAGAUCUGUGGUCGAUCCUGCGAGGUAUAGGGGCGAUGAUUGUAGGUGGGGCCGCAGGUGUGGUGGACGUGGCCGGUUUGGACGUGGUGGCGGUCUAGGGGGCGGAGGUGGUGGAGGUUUUGGAGGAGGUGGAGGUAGAGGGGGUGGUGGCGGUAUUGGCGGUGGUGCAGGACACGGUGGAGGCUUUGGAGCCGGAGGUGGAGUUGGUGGCGGAGCUGGAGGAGGAAUUGGUGGUGGAGGUGGAGCUGGAGGCGGCGGAGGAGGAGGUAUUGGUGGUGGUUCAGGUCAUGGUGGAGGAUUUGGAGCGGGAGGAGGAGUUGGUGGCGGAGCUGGUGGAGGAAUUGGUGGUGGAGGUGGAGCUGGAGGCGGCGGAGGAGGAGGUAUUGGUGGUGGUUCAGGUCAUGGUGGAGGAUUUGGAGCGGGAGGAGGAGUUGGUGGCGGAGCUGGUGGGGGAAUUGGUGGUGGAGGUGGAGCUGGUGGCGGUGGAGGAGGAGGUAUCGGUGGUGGCUCAGGUCAUGGCGGAGGAUUUGGAGCUGGAGGAGGAGUAGGUGGUGGAGCCGGUGGAGGAGUCGGUGGUGGAGGUGGAGCUGGUGGCGGUGGAGGCGGUGGUGUUGGUGGAGGAUCCGGACACGGUGGAGGAUUUGGAGCUGGAGGAGGAGUUGGUGGUGGCGGAGGACUUGGUGGAGGAGGUGGAGGAGGUGGAGGCGGUGGUGGUGGUGGGAGGGGUGGUGCUGGUGGUGGAUCAGGUCACGGUGGUGGUUUUGGAGCUGGAGGAGGAGUUGGGGGUGGAGCCGGAGGAGGGGGCGUUGGACACGGUGGUGGUGCUGGUGGUGGCGCGGGUGGAGGUCAUGGGAUAGGACACGGUGGAGGAGGAGGGUUUGGGAUUGGAAUAGGAAUAGGUGUUGGGGUUGGUGGAGGCUCCGGCAAAGGUUCUGGAAGUGGAAGUGGUGGUGGUGGCCACCGUUAA